AUGGCAGAAAGCAUCCAAAACGGCUUCGGGAAAAGAAGGGCAGGAGCUUGUGCUCGCAAGUGCGUCCUUCAAGCUAAGUGGCGGGCUUCACCGACAUCAUUCUUUCGUUCCAGCUUCUCGACCAGCAGCGACGAAGCUUCAGACCUGGAGGCAAAGAAUAAGGCGUUGGAGACAGUUGCCAGGAAUAUCCUGUCGAGCCUGAAGAAAAAAGAAGCCGCUUUCGACAGUCUGGAGGCAGAGACAGACAAGAAGAACGAACAAAACAGAGAGCUGAAGCGACGCAUCGAGGUCUGUCGCUGCCUUGAAAGUUGGUGCUGUAGCAAGAACUUGCCCUUGAGGCAAGGCUUACAACUCUGGUUGUGCCGGGCACACCUAUGGGGUGCUCCGGAGGCGUGCUUCAGCUCGCCCGUGCUGGUCCGUGACUCCUGGUGCGGGCAAAGCACCGUGUGUUGCACCAGCUGGUCCAGACACCGCGCGGGCGGCGGCACGGCGCCAUCGGUGGCGCUGGGCUUGAGCGACGGCACGCUGCACUUUGGCGCCUUGGAACCUGGGGAGGCGCGUGGCUUGCGCGGGCCGCAGCCCACGAAUUUGCGCCUGGAUCGCUCGGUGCGUUCGGCACAUGGCCACAGCUUGGUCACGGCGGUUCAGAGGCUGGAACCCUACGGCCGCGCGGUCACCAGCGGUUUAGAUGGACUGCUAAGAGUCUGGGACCCCGAAACGGCCCAGGAGAUCCAUCAGAUCGUCACGGAGCAUCAACGUGGCCUCAACUCUGUGGCGGUGUCCAGUGAGGCGGAACCACGCCUUCUCAGCUGUGGCGAUGCAGGUAGCUUGGAAUGCUGCUCCAAUCCACGGCGUGGCUGCGAGGUCGACAGCCUAUUUGGUGAAGAUGACUUUUUCAGGGAAGCUCGAUGGGAUGAUUUCUACGAGUGUCAGGAGGGCUCCUCAGAGCACGACGAUCUCUUCCACGCUGCCCAGGAGCAAGCCUGGCUGAAGUGCACCAAGGGCACCCUGGCGGCCUCCUACGCCUCCUUCGAGCUGCACCGCCGCGCGCGGCGCGCCAUCUCGGCCAUCUCCAACCUCUCAGGGGACCGAGGUCGAACGGAGCGAUCCGCUGCCCCGUCCGCAUCGGUGCCGCCGGCCGCCUUCAACUCGGCCGUGGAGGUCACGUCCACGAGUCAAUGGCUGGGACGGACCAUGACGGAGUGGACCAAAGACGACCUGCCGCCGACUGGAGAAGGACCCUAUUGGGCCCAAGGAGAUGGCAAAGGACUGAUGGUUCGACAAGGGCCGAACUACAAAAAGUUCAGGAAUAAAGGCGAAUCGCAGACCAAAAGUAUGUACAGUUGUGUGACCUGUGACGCCCUCAAGUCCAACGUCAAGGUACAGGACAUCGUCGGACGGUUGGUCCCGGUGCACGACUUGCCGACGCAGGAAAGCUUCCUGGCGAAGCAUCCUCCCGGCGCUUCGCAAUGGACACCUUCCUGUCCGUUGCCAAGGGUCAUCUGCAUGAACCUCAUGUUGCCCUACGAGACGGGCAUCGUCCCCUGGAGAUCGGAAGAUCCCGGCGCGAGCUUUGUCGCCUUUUUCCACAUCGCGCCAGAGACUGUCUCGUCCUCCAUGAGUAAAGAACCACCCCCAGAGAUAAAGCAACUCAUCGACUUCUUCGCAGGCCCUGCGGGCCUCCCCUUGGGCUCCCGCUGCGACCCGGAUCGAAGCUUGGCCUCGCGGCUGUCACCGGGCAAAAAGAAAGACAUCCAAUCUGGAAUCUUUAAGGCGAAUGCUAAGUGUUUGAAUCCCGAAGAUGUCAAUGUCCCAGAGAUGCUGCAUGAAUACAACGGCAAGCCGUGCUUGAUCACCAAGUCCGGCUACAUCGUCAAGGACCCCGACAUGGAAUGGGUCGAGAUUGGCAUCGACGUUCGGGGCUGGAAUAUCUUAGUGCGCAAAAUGUUGUGCAGCUACAGGGACAUGAUCCCCCGAACCAAGGUGCACUUUGGUUUCCUGGUUCAAGGCAUUGAAGAUGAUGAGCUUCCGGAGGGCUUGAUGUGUGACGUGUUAGAUGACAAGAGGGAUCAAGAGGACUGUAGGAAAGCCGGAUGUGCGACUGGUUUGCCGGGUCACCAGGCAGGGGCCUACUGUGGCUCCUGGCUCUCGGCCAGCAGUUGCAUCACGGGUGGCUUUGACCGUCGCUGCAUCUUGUGGGAUCUCCGCAGUGGCAAGCAGCGGAGUGUGCUGCCAGCGCGGCAGCACGUCUACUCCUUGAUUUCCGCUUCAGAACACGAGCUCUUCGUGGGUUUGGGGGAGGGCUGCAUCACGCAAUGGGACCUGCGUCAGACCACGCCACUGCGCGAUCUCCGUGGUCACAACGGGGCUGUGGAAGCCCUCGCCUUGCUGCCUGGCGCCCUUUGCAGCUGUGCCGCGGACGGCGCGAUGCGGAUCUGGUGUCGCAAUCGAGGGGAGUCGACCUGGCACUUUUCCCCGCGCGAAAAAGGGGCGGCGCUGAGUUGUCUCAGCGCUGUGAACGAGGACACUCUGCUUGUCUGUGGCAGUGGCUUCAAUCCCAGCGUGGUAUCACUGGACUACGACAAGGCGGUGCUCCAUGUGCCGAAGGCCCUGAGAAAGAUGAAUCUGCACAGCAUACGGCCCCUUCAACAUGGAGGAGCCGGCAGACAUACCGACCUCCGAAGGCGUCGCCGGCAGGGACGAGCACCUCUUAGUGGAGUCGAAGACGAGGGCUUCUUCCCUGAAGAGCGAGGUGUGUUCGAUCGAAGCAACAAGCAGAAGGCCGUCCCACUGGGCAGCACGGGAGCCGCACAUCGAGGCUUUCUGUGCCGACUACGGCGAUGA